AUGACACCGCUUCACCACGGAGCCAUGAAGGGGAACGAACCUGCCGUUAAGGCUCUCAUCAAGCACGGUGCAGAUGUGAACGCUAAAACGAUAAAAGGAACAACUCCAUUGCUGACUGCGUGCGUCCAUGGAUAUGAUGAAAUCAUUCAAACGCUUCUAUCUAACGGAGCUGACACCUCGGGAACUGACAAACGAAUGAACUCCGUGUAUCACAUAGCUGCUCAUCAUGGCGAAGCGACACUGAGGCUUAUAAAGUUUUUCAUGGAGGAGCAGACGCGUUCAAAAGAGCUAUGGAUGAGUAAUAAUGAAGGGAAGACUCCGCUGAGGAUGGCCGUCGAUGGCAAUCACCCCGAUACCGUGUCCACGAUACUGCAACUGAAGAACGGAUUUAGGUCUUGCAUAGCUGAGUGA